AUGGGGUACGAUUCAUUCUUAAGAAUCCCAAAGAUGGAAGAACAACAGGUUCCGGAUGCCACUGUCACUGAAUUCAACGACUCCAAAGAAAGCUAUGCAGAUGGAGAGAUUGAUAUUACGGAUGAGUUGGAAGGUAUUUUGGGCAUUGAAAAUGAAGAAAAAUUGCCAGGUAAUAAGAUACAUGGUCAUCUCGGUUGGGACUUCAUGGACUGGGAAAGCGGAUACCACAAUGCUGAAGAAGAAGAUGAAGAGGACGAAAGAGACCAGAAAUUAGUUCAUACAGGGAAAUGCUUUGAAGAAGAAAGUGAAUAUAACCAGGUUGUAAAGAAAGAAAAUCUCGGUUUCUGGGAAUUAGAUGAUGAGAAAAGCGUUUCAUUGAACUUGAAUUUGAAUUAUCAAGAUGUAUUGGAUGCGUGGUCGGAUCGUGGACCUUUAUGGGCUGAUGAUUAUUCGAUUUCAAUGGCGAGCAAUGGCUAUUAUAUGGGGGAGGUGCCUGUGAUGGAAGAAGAACGAACAAGAAGGGAAGCCAGUGUUCUUAGAUACAAAGAGAAGCGUCAGACUAGAUUGUUCUCCAAGAAGAUAAGGUAUCAAGUCCGCAAACUCAAUGCAGAUAAAAGACCAAGGCUCAAGGGCCGGUUUGUGAAGAGAGUUUCGUAGGAAGAUAACCCAAAAGCGAUCUUUUCAAAUAUCUCAUAAAAUAUCCGUUACUCUUUGGACUUUUUCAUGCGUAAUAUGCUUUGUUUUUGUCUCAAUGAAAAAAAAUAUCUUUUCCAACUCUCGCCCAGAAUAUAUAUUAUAUACAGUGAAUUGUGAAAUAUCUUUUCACCCCAAACUUUCUGGGCAUUUCCGAAUGGAGCUUUCUGUUGUGGACCCUAGCUCCAUUACGCUGUACGCAGAUAAAUUGACCCAACUAUUCAUGCCCAAAAAUGGUCUAUUCCUGGCUUUUGGUGAUGGACAGCGUCAAGAACAAUUCACCGAGUCCUAGAAAAAGGUUUUUACUGUGUACAAAACAGAAGGACAAAUGUCAGUAAAUUAUUUAGUAGGGAAAUGCAUCAAAUUAUUCUGGGGACUAGGCUAAUGAAACCACACGGUGGUCCUUUUGUACGUUCAUGAAUUGAUUUCUCUCCUUUUCUUUUUACCCUAUGGGUUUUUUCCAUGUUGUGUUGGUGUGGCUUUUUGGAGCAUUUCCGCUUUAUGGGUCUCUUUUACGUCUACCGUCAUUUUCUGAUGGGAGGCCCAUCCAUUAAAAAUGUUCCGGAAGGAGACUGCCAUUGAUUGGGAGGUUGCCCCAUUGCUCUUUAACUUUGUCA